AUGGAAAAUCGGGGAAAGAGAAAGCGAGAUGAUGCAGACGGGCAGGAUUCAACUCCCCUCGUCAAGGACCAUGGCGGCACUGAUAAUGGGACCCUAGCGAAGAGAGGAACGUCGAAUACGUCUUCACACUCAGAGCCUUCCUCUGCAAUACCGUGGCCGGAGGAGUUUAAAGCUCUGAGCAGGAUUCAUCGGGCACUAAAUGUGGUAUAUACGUUCUGCUGCACUCGUCAGCAUUACACCACGACGUUCGAGAAAAUAAGGAGUUCGGUUGAGUCCCAGACUGGCGGUCGGCCACUUACUAUUGAAGAUGUUGCCAAAGUAAAAUUUCUCAUUCCGCAGUCUGUCAGGUUUGAGCUUUCAGAUACAGGUGUGAUCAGUAUCAUGGGAGUGGCUGAGGCCAGAAAAAAGAAAGUCCCUGAGAUAUGGAAUGACUGGGAGGCAGAGGGAAUGGGUUCAAAUGGUAGUGAUGGCGGAAAAAAGUCUCCCGAUGCUGAGCUUCUCUUUGAAUUUGUCGACGGAGACCUCAAGCCCGAGUCGCAGCCAGGUGUAGGUCUGGGCGGUUAUGAGGAUAUCAGGACGCCCGUCUACAGCCAGAAGAAAAUGGUUUCACUGAUUGAGAAGAGGAACAAAAAAUUUACCACCGCUAUUGAUACCUUUUUAGCUAGCUGCCGACAAGAAAAUGUCAAUCCAGUACAACGUCUUGAAGCCGGAAAGGAUAUAUAUAUGCCUCUCUCCCCCGACAGUGGAUGCAACACGCCAGCAGCUGUGAAACUUCCAGCACAGAUACCCAAGAUAAGACGAAGCAUUGCGGAAAUCAUUUCGGAAAUAAAAGAACAGAGCUGGUAUCAUAACCAGAUAGUAAAAGGCGGAUAUCGCAUAUUCGAUGCUAAGAAGCCAGCUUUUGGCGAUUUGGAUUUCCUUCUCUCUCAAAACUUGGUCAAUGCACUCUAUAACACCCGGGGGAUUACACAGUUCUACUCCCAUCAGGCAAAAGCCAUCAAUGAUCUUCAUGACGGCCACAACGUCAUUGUUUCGACAUCCACUAGUUCGGGUAAGUCCCUCAUAUAUCAAGUGCCUAUGCUUCACGAACUUGAGAAAAACCCUCACAGCAGAGGGAUGUAUAUUUUCCCAACAAAGGCACUGGCGCAAGACCAGCGCCGAAGUAUGCUUGACAUGCUGAAGUAUAUGGAAGGGCUGGAACAUAUCAUGGUAGAAACAUUUGAUGGCGAUACACCAAUGGCAAGUCGAAAUGCAAUCCGUGAGGAAGCGAGAAUUAUCUUCACAAACCCUGACAUACUCCAUGUCACUAUCUUGCCCAAUGAAUCAUUGUGGAGGAAGUUCUUGAAACAUUUAAAGUACGUUGUUGUUGACGAGCUUCAUGUCUACAAUGGACUUUUUGGGACUCAUGUUGCUCUCAUCAUGCGUCGCUUGAGAAGAAUAUGCGCUUCAAUAGGGAAUUCUGAUGUCAAAUUUAUAUCAUGUUCUGCAACCGUGGCGAAUCCAGAGGAGCAUAUGAAGGCUAUUUUUGGAAUUGACGAAGUGAAAUUGACAGAUAUUGACGGAUCACCCUCAGGACGAAAGGAGUUUCUUUGCUGGCAGACGCCGUAUAAGGACCCUAAUGAUGCUAGCUCUGGUCGUGGGAGUGGCAUCGAUGAAUCAGCCAAGUUAUUUUGCCAGCUUAUCUUACGGGGAGUACGAGUGAUCGCAUUUUGUCGUAUCCGCAAGCAAUGCGAAUAUCUCUUGAAUGCCGUCAAAGAUGAAUUUCGUACACUCAAUAGGUCAGACGUGUCUCGCUUCGUUAUGGGAUAUCGAGGAGGCUACAGUCCACAAGAUAGACGGAAGAUUGAACGCGAAAUGUUUGAGGGCAAGUUGCUCGGAAUUGUGGCAACAAAUGCACUGGAGCUUGGUGUUGACAUUGGGACAUUGGAUGCUGUAAUCACGCAUGAAUUCCCACAUUCGAUAUCCAAUUUUAGACAGCAAAGUGGACGGGCAGGAAGAAGAAACAAAGACUCUCUCUCGAUCUUGGUUGCUAGCCAGAGCGCAGCGGACCAACACUAUAUAAAUAACCCCGACGACCUCUUCACGAAACCCAAUUGCGGACUACUCGUUGAUCUAGAGAAUGAGCUUGUUCUUGAAGGCCAUGUUCAAUGUGCUGCCUUCGAAAUGCCAAUUCGCCCAGAGAACGACUCUGCAUAUUUCGGGCCGCAGUUGGUGCACCUUGCAGAUACUCGUCUAAUAAGGGACGACAUGGGAUUCUAUCAUUGCCAUGAAAGAUUCAGACCCAACCCCUCGAAAUUUGUUUCGAUUAGAAGCAUUGAUGAAGGUAACUACGCUAUCAUAGAUACCACGAACAACAGAAAUGUUGUCAUUGAAGAGAUUGAUGAUGCUCGCGUCUUCUUCACCGUAUAUGAGGGAGCUAUAUAUUUCCACCAGGGAAACACCUAUCUUGUGAAGGAGCUUAAUACAACUAAACGCUUUGCAAGAGUGGUUCGCGCGCAUGUUGAUUGGAUCACCGAACAACGAGACUUUACAAAUGUUGAUCCGAUUGAAACCGAAGCAAUCAGACGUAUCAGCAGAUUAUCUGACUAUAGGGCAUUCUUUGGAAAAAUUGCCAUUCACACAUUGGUAUACGGAUAUUUCAAAAAGGAUAAGAAGGGCAGAAUACUUGAUGCCGUGGCCCUUGAUACUCCUCCUAUUGACAAGAUGAGCAAGGGCUUCUGGUUAGAUGUGCCAAAAACGGCAUUAGAAAUCCUUUCAUCUCAUAAUUUGAAUGCCGCAGCUGCUAUCCAUGCAGCAGAGCAUGCAAUCAUGUCUCUACUUCCGACUUUCCUGAUAUCCUCACCAGGAGACAUUCGAACAGAAUGCAAAGUCGCAAAGAAAGAACUAGGGCCAAAACACCAGCAGGCAAGGGGUUCUAACCGCGAUCAAGACCCAAGGACACGAAAUCAUUUCUUUCAUCCACUUGCACCUCCCACACCACGUCGCCAGAGACAGGCACGACUUGUUUUUUACGAUGCAAAGGGAGGCUCAUCCGGCUCUGGAAUCACCUCUAAAGCCUUCGAGUUUAUAGACAGUCUUCUUGUUCGUGCUAACUCGCGCAUUGAUACGUGUAGUUGCACGGCUGCUCAAGGCUGUGUAGAAUGUGUUUGCAACGAACUUUGCCCUGAAAUGAACCUUGUUAUAAGCAAGGCUGGUGCUUCUGUGAUAUUGAAAUGCCUCCUUGGUUUAAAAGUUGACGUUGAUUCUCUACCAUGGGGUACGGAACUUGAUCGAGGGUACGAACCUGGCCCCUGGAGUGAGUUGGCUCAAGGUCUAGAAACCAUCAUUGAAGCUGUCGAGGUUGCUGGAGCUUCUGGGAAGGAAAUUAGGGUCUAUGACCUUGACACUUAA